AUGUUUCAGUCUAUCCCAUUCGUUGCACUAUCUUUGAUCCUGUCGGCCUAUGCUCAAAGUCCCACUUAUUCCGCAACUUACUUGCCUUCAAACGCUCCCUAUCAGAGCGAGCAGGGUCAGACAGGCUACAACAACUGCACAACCGGCUAUAAUCAGACGUCACAGUGCCAGAAUGCUUACGUCAACACUGUUCAGGACUGGUGUGUCUGGGGACCUCAUCAGCCAGGCCCUGACUUGGUCAUCGGAACUAUUGAGCGAAUCCAAGUAGCAUGGUGCAUGCAGAGUGGGUACGGAACACGACUGAUCCCGGAUGGCUCUAUCACUGGUGCACACGUCGUGGUCACUCCAGACUACGUUCAGGUCACAGGUGUUGGAAAUCUCACGAAUAUCAACAUUCCCACCAACGAUACUGGCGGCGAUGACAACCCUAUCGGCGGCCUCGUGUUCUCCAGCGCGUUCGGCGCGCUUGAGGAAAUCUACGAGUGGACGAAUUUUGUUUCGGCUGAUCAGUUUUGCUUCCGCGCGUGCAAGCCCGCAGUAAAUGCGUCGACGAUGUGCCAGCAUAUCUAUGACGUCAUGGGGUGCGAGUGGAACAUGCCUGCCAAUUACUCUGCGGGGGUGUUCGAGCAGUGCUUGGGUGACUCGGCUGAGGCUAUGGGCGUCUAUGGGACGUCUACGUUCUACCAAGGGGAGCCUGUUACUCCAGCUGCGCAUCCCAUCCCUGCUUCCUCCAGCUGCACAUUCUAUAGCACAAUCAACAAUGGCCAGGGUGUUUUGGUUGGAGAUAUCACAUCUACAACAAGCACGCCAGCAUCAACAAUUAUGGGUAUUCGUCACGCUUCUCGC